ACUUUGCAUGAUCAAAUGUAGCCACAAUUUCAUCACAUCACAAUCACAACUUCUUCUCCUACCAGCACCUUCAUCCCUUUAUUAUAUAUAUAGCAACAGCAACUCCUACCUUCCACAAAUCACCUAACCAAUAUCAAACAAACAAACUUCCUCUUCACCAUUUUCUCAAACACUUUCCCNACAUCUCUCUCAAAUUUCAUUCACUCACAAAAACACUUCAAACUCUUUUUUUUGCAACGAUAUGGCUCCAGAACUUGUUCCAACCGCAGCAAAAUCAGUUACCGGGUUCACGAAGCCCGCGACUAUACCAAAACGUGCAUUCGUAACAUUUCUUGCCGGUAACGGUGAUUACGUGAAAGGCGUAAUUGGUCUUGCCAAAGGUUUACGGAAGGUGAAAACGGCGUAUCCGCUGGUGGUAGCCGUGCUUCCAGAUGUACCGGAGGAACACCGUGAGAUGUUGGAGUCUCAGGGAUGUAUUGUCCGUGAGAUUGAACCCGUUUACCCACCCGAAAAUCAAACCCAGUUUGCUAUGGCUUAUUACGUCAUCAAUUAUUCCAAACUCCGUAUAUGGGAGUUUGUGGAAUACAGCAAGAUGAUAUACUUGGACGGAGACAUUCAAGUUUAUGAAAACAUAGAUCAUCUCUUUGAUCUACAAGAUGGUUACUUAUACGGUGUGAUGGAUUGUUUCUGCGAGAAAACAUGGAGUCACACGCCACAAUACAAAAUUGGUUACUGUCAACAGUGUCCAAAUAAGGUACAAUGGCCAAAGGAAAUGGGUCAACCUCCUUCACUUUACUUCAAUGCUGGCAUGUUUGUGUUUGAACCAAGCAUUGAAACUUACCAUGAUCUUUUGAACACACUUCAAGUCACUCCUCCUACUCCAUUUGCAGAACAAGAUUUCUUGAACAUGUAUUUCAAGGAUAUUUAUAAACCAAUUCCUUUGGAUUAUAACCUAGUUCUUGCUAUGUUGUGGCGUCACCCUCAAAAUGUUGAGCUUCGGAAAGUCAAGGUUGUUCACUAUUGUGCAGCGGGAUCAAAGCCUUGGAGAUAUACAGGGAAGGAAGAGAAUAUGCAGAGGGAGGACAUAAAAAUGUUGGUGCAGAAAUGGUGGGAUGUUUACAAUGACUCUUCACUUGACUAUAGCAAGAGCUUGAAUGGAAGUAGUGAAACACAAAGGAAUGAUGUUGAAAAUGAGCCAUUCGUACAUGCGUUGUCGGAGGUUGGUCAUGUUCAAUACGUCACUGCCCCUUCAGCAGCUUAGACUGAGCUGUUUUUUUGGUGUGUAACAUUCGUGGAAUGGGAGCAAUAAAAUAAAGUAAGGAAUGGAUAUGAAAAUAAAAUAAAAAAAGAGGAUGAGUGAGUAGGUGCAAGACUUUGCGGUUAAAAGAAGGAAGGAUUUUAUUUUUUAAGACAAGGGGUCGGUGCCAAUAGUAGUAGUCAGAUAGUAUAUAGCUCAUCUGCUUUUGUGUGUUCUAUUUUAUUUUAUUUUUCAAGUUUUGGAAUUUUGACCUUUGGUUCUGUUUAUAUGUGUAUGGGAUCUGGUUUGUAUUUUCAUGUAUAUAUAUAAUAUUGUAUUUUUAUUGUCUUUAA